GUUUUCUUAACGAUCCAACCCUACACAUUCCUGCCAGUGGCGGAGCCAACAGGGAAGACAUGGGAACAAAUGGCCCCCACUUUAAAAAAUAAUUUCACGGAAAAAAACCCUGAAAAACAAAAGACUGGGGUUCGCUGUACGCGCAAAACAAAUUCAAACAUAACGCCUUUGAGAAAAACGAAGAGAGAGAAUUUGAGGAGAGAAAGUUUCAAACUCUAACUCCCCGUUGCUCGCCAGGCCGCCGCGAGCCGUCCAGUACGCUGGAUUGCCGGAACGAAAUACGAAGAAAGGAGAAGGAACUCGACCACGAAGGAAACGAUUAAAAGUUCAAACGAAGGAGACUAGGAGAGAAAGGAGUCGUCUAGCCACGACCACGAGCCGUCUGCUGCCGGAAUUAUGCUGCCUGCCACGUCGACAACCGACCAGUCCAGUCACCAAAUGGCAACUGAAACCAACAUUGUGGAAACUUCUAUACAACAUAAGCUUCGUGGGUUGCCUAAAUCUAAAGGUAAGGAUUAUCGUCUUUAUCAGGUACCUGAACACCUUCGCGAGGUAAAUAGAGAAUGUUAUGAGCCUUCAGUUGUUUCAAUUGGUCCGAUAUACUACUAUAAGAGAAAUUCCUUAAAAUAUUCACAAGAGUUAAAACUGAGGCACCUGGAAUGCUUUCUUGAACUUGGAGUAUGGAAAAAAGGUUACGCAGCUUACAGCUUGGGCAAUUUUAUUGAUUUUCUAAAGGGGUGGGAGGAAGAGGCUCGUUUGUUCUAUGAAGAUAAUAUAAGUCUUUCAAGCGACGAAUUUGUCGAGAUGAUGAUGGUCGAUGCUGCAUUCAUCAUCUACUUUAUGAUGUUGCGUAGUCCUGAUUUUCCACAUAGAGAGGAUCCUAUGGAUAAAAUGAUGGCAUGGGCAUUGAAGGUGCUGCAAGAUGUGUUUCUUGCAGACAACCAACUCCCAUUUUUUCUUCUCAAUGAAUUAUACUUGAUGGCAUUUGGUAGUGAUUACCCUCAGAUUUCCUUCAGAGACAUUACUUGCAAUUUCAUAGGUGAAUCUAGUAUUCCAGGAUGGGUGGCUGCACGUACAGUAGGUAAAGUUAGAGUAAGGGAUGCAGAAGAUAUUAAGGAUCUCGUCGAUUUCUUGAGAGUUUUAUGUUACCCAUCAGUCAAACUUGGUCAUGACCAAAACCCGAAAGACAAUGAAGAGAGAUUUUGCGAUGAGAACAAGCUAUGUUGCUUACCUCUCAAACGCCAGGGCCGAAACCUAAAAGAUGAGAAAAAGUCUCAAUUUCCUCCAACCGCGACUGCGCUCAAGGCCACAGGAGUAAAAUUUCUCGCAACAGACGGUAAGAAUUUACUAGAUAUCAAAUAUAGGGACGGGGUAUUACAGAUUCCGACAUUAACAAUUGAAGACACCACAGAAACUAUUCUUCGCAGCCUCAUGUUUUCUGAACAAUGCCACUACUAUGAAGAUUCAUAUUUUACUCAUUAUGUAUUCUUUCUCGAUGCAUUGAUCAAUACUUCAGAAGAUGUACAAGUACUAAUUAAACAUGGAAUCAUCGAGCAUUGGCUUGGUAGUGAUGACGAGGUGGCAACUAUGAUAAACAGAAUCACUAGAAACGUUGCAAUCACGAAUUGUGAAGUCUACUAUUCUCAAGUUAGUCGGGAUUUGCAUGCGCAUGUUACCACCAGGUGGAAUAAAUGGCGGGCCAUACUGAAGACAGACUACUUUAAUCAUCCUUGGUCAACCCUUUCUGUGGUCUAUUUGGUGGUUCUUCUUGUUCUCACUGUGUUACAGGUUUAUACUGGAUUUACGCAAUAGUUGUUAUUAAUAUUGUACUAUUUUUACAGAGAUUAUCAUAGCCCUUAAUCCACGGUAUAUUACAGUGUGUCCUA